GGGGGCGUGUGACAGUGAAGAAGAGGGGGUUGGGUGAGAGGGUGUGCCGGCGUCUAGGCUGGGCUGCGGUCCGUGGGCGCCUCAGGCAGCGAGGGUGGCUGCUUGCCUGCGGCUGGCUGGGGCCUCGGUGCGUGUGCGCGCGUGUGCGCGGGGCGGAGAACCCGGGCUCCUCGGGGUGCCGGAGCCUCUGCGCGGCCGGGAGUGAGAGAGCGGGCGCGGGCGGAGCACACAGCCGAGGCGGCGGGCGGCUCGGGUUAUCUGAGCCGCUUGGUCUUGGGUGGCUGCGCCCAGAUCUCCGGGCGGCGGCGGCGGCGGCGAAGGCGAGACGCGUUGUCGGGCCGCGGAGGAGCGGGACAGCCAGACCCAGCCCCAGGACGCGGCGGCCGCGGGGAGCCUAGCAUGGAAGAGCGCGCGGGUCCGGCAGUCCUGAAGUUGAGUUUGAGAGGCGACACGGCGGCGGCGGCCGCGCUGCUCCCGCUCCUCUGCCUCCCCAUGGAUAUGCACUGCAAAGCAGACCCCUUCUCCGCGAUGCACCGUUGUCAAGACACGAUGGUCAUCUUUCCCUGCCUCUGCCUGGGGGAUGCUCUAAAAACAAAGAGGGGUUCCGAGAAGAAAUCGAAGUCAGGGAGAGAGCCAGCAGCGCAGCCUUCCAGGUGGGCCCCCGGCAGAGUGCAGCUCUGCUCUCAGCUCUGGAGGCUCCUUGCCUAGACUGCCGACUCCCCAUUGAGGAUCACGCAGCCAGCAACCUGGCCAGGGGGUCAGCAAAGAGCAAAAAAUGAGGGGGAAAGAACAAAAGGAAAGCAAAUGCCAAAGCUGAGGAGAAAGGAAAAGAGAAAUCCAAACACGGGAAAGGAAAUUAAAGAAAGAAAGUUGAAAUGAUGUUACAGAAGAAAAGGGAGAAGGGAGAAAAAAAUAGAGAAAAGAGGGAAUUAUUUUAAUAAAAUUUGAAUUUAUGCCAUGUCUUUAGCUUGGAAAACUAUUCUGAGAUUUUUUUUGCAGGCUUUUUUUUAAAAGCUAAAAUUCUAAAUAGAAAACUCCUCCCUAUCUGCAGAUUAAUAAUUAAGGAUAAUUUGUAACUUUUCACAAGGAAACUUUAGACCUGGCUUGGACCUGUGUUUAGGACAAGAGAGCCGAGGAGGGAGAGCUGUGUUUUUCGCUAAUCAUAUAUUUAGCGUUGCGGGGGUGGGGGGGGGGCGUUUAAAAAUACUUCUGGGAUAAAAUAUAUUUUCCUAAGUAAUUUCCAAGCGCAGGAAAGCCGCGCCGAGGGCAUCAGGCCGCCGCGGGUCUCGGCGAGCGGGCCGAAAAGCCUCGGUCCUUUUCGGGAGGAGUGGAACCGGGUCCACACGCCGUUUUCGCCCAGCCAGCCUGCCUCGCGGCCCGCUGCCACAGCUCUCGUUCUCCUUUUUUGCGGAUUCCGCCGGGGGUCCGCCGAGUCCUGGCUGCCCGCGGGCAGCCACUUUGAAACCCAAAGGUUUCUGCACGGCCAAGCAGAGGUCGGAGGGAGAGAGCCGCAGCGCGGGCCCGCGGGCCGGUGGACUGGUGGGUGAGACACCGCAGCCCGAGUCGGUGCUGGCGGCAGUGGCGCAUUCCAGGCCCGACUCAGCGCCGGCUCGCUGCAGUCCCCCAGCCCUGGACUCCCGCCGUGUCCCCUUCCCAUCCCCACCCCUUAGAUUGGGGCUGAGGGGCCGGGCCCUGAGCCCGGGGAGGCUGAAUUAUUCAUCUUUAAUCUGCCCGCAGCUGCCGCCUUUUCAUACCGGUAACGCGAGUUCUCCCGGGGCCUAAAUUAUUGAUGGUUGGGGUUUGGAGGGAGGGGAGGGUGAGGAGUGGGGCUAGAGAUAGGGAGAUUAACGGGGUGGGCAAGGGGGUAAAAGAAGAGGCGUCAGUCUCUCCCAGCAACCCGAUCAGAGGUCUUUCCCCAGGGUUUCACCCGAGCUUGCUCUAGGUACCCCCCGAGAAAGGGAGGGGAGAGAAAUGAGGGGGGCACAGAUGUCCCCGCUUUCUCCGAAACUCGCGUGAGGCUAGCGGGGCAGGGGCUGCAGCUUGCCAGUCCGGGCCGACCCGACUCGGCCGCUAGAAGUCUCUGCGCUUGGAUUGCUCAGUACCUGCGGCUACGGGUUGAUCGCUCUGGGUGCAGGAUUUCUAGACUGCUGUAGGCCAGGGAGAAUGGGGCACAGGAAGCACCCUCAGGCCUGGCACCCAGUGGCCGCCUCGGUUCCGAGAUCGGGAGCCCGCGCUGGAGCCGGGUUGGAAACCCCGUGCCCUUCUCUUGGCCGAAAGAGCAAAAGCCCGAGCCGCUCGGUUUCCUGGGGGGGCUGCCGAGGUCUGAAGGGUCAAAGGGACGCGAGUCGGGUUUGGGUCGGCUACACAGGGCGCCCCGAGAGUUAUUAACUCGCCAGCGAGGCCUAUGCCGUGCCACCUGGGCGAGACGGUGGGCCCCAACCAGGCUCUGCGCGGCGCGGCAGGCAGGCGAGCCCAAGCAGCCGGCAUUCUCUGCCUGCUGCCUGGAGCCGCUCUGCCUCCCUGUCUCUGAGCGCAGCAGACCCCGGGCCCCUGCCUCAUCCGCCUUCCUUGCUCUACUUCAGAUACUAAGGAGGUGAAAGAGAGAUACGGUCCCCCUACAGAUAAAUAACAUUAGAAAAACUUCCCAUCAAAAACAAACAACACAGGAAAGAGGUAGAAAAAUUCCGAUUACAAUUUAAUACUUUUUAAAGAAGAGGCAGAGAGCAAAGGGGGGUGUGUGUGUCAGGCACUUAUCCCCUGUCUGAACUAGGAGCUCCGAUAAACAGUCAGCCGAGCCUCGACGCCCCCAAAUCGUCCGCCUCCAAGCCCCGCACGCGCGGACAGCUCCCGGGUUGCCUGCGGCGCAGGCGGGAUGCUGCUUCGCACUAGUCCAGUCCUCUGCCAGGCCCUUCCUCUCCUCGCUUUCUUACGCCCUUUCCGCUGGCAUGAAUUCCCCUUUGGCAUUUUCUCCCCUCUCCCCUCUUUUCUGUCAUCUGGUUUCUCUCCAGUCCCCCCUUUGCUUUCUACCUUGCGUCGCACGGCCUGAGUCGCCCUCUCGCCCAGCCCCCAGUCUUCAGCCCAGCGUCCGUGCUUCCAGUCCCCACUCCUCCGCGUGGUCGUGGAGGUCCACCACCUUUCUUCUCAAGCUCGGGAACAUGCCCUUCCGCCCUGCCUGCUUCCUUCGCCCGUCCCGGGCCGCGGACCCUGACUAAU